GAGCGAGCAAGAGAGAGAAAGAGAAAGAGAAAGAGAAAGAGAGAGAAACAGGAGGGAGUGUGAAAGAUUUAUAGAUAAUACAAAGGAGAGACCGCUGAAGCGCUGAUCUCUCUCCCCCACAAAAAACCAUCCCCCACCCAGUAAACCUACUCGCAUUGAUCUCUGCUCUUUCCCCUGCCGCCUCCCUCCCUCUCUCUCUAUCUCUUCUUUUUCCUGGAAAAAUCUUGAAUUUUUCACCCAUUGGAGCCGGGCAACGAAAGCUUCUAGCUUUUCCUUGUUCUGCUUCUCCUUCUUCUUCCUGGUCCGUGUUAUUUUCCCUUCCAGAGGGUGUACUCUCUUGGGUUCGUGAGGAAAAUCAGUGGGGUUCGGCCAGCAAUUUCGGUACUUUGACUCGCGCGCCAGUUGGGACUCUUGGAGUGACAUUUUCUUGCCCACUGCAUUCCUGAUCCUCCCGCGGUCCCGUUCCAGCUUCUGGUGAAUGUUCAGGAGAUCUCAUUGAUGGGUCCUGGACUGUAGAUCUUGAGAUGAUGGAGAAGGAAGCGAAGAAUCAGAGAGCCAAGGAGCCGGAUUUUGUGUUGCAGUGGGGGAAUAGGAAGAGGCACAGAUGUGUGAAGGUCAAGAACAAAGACCACAAUUUCUCCUCCACCAACAACGCCCCUAACAAUAACAGCAGCACCAGCAAAUUGUCUUCUGAUUCCUUUGGGAAGAAGAAGAUCAUGAACGGCGUCGUCAAUACCAAGAGGGAUUCGUCCCACCACUCACCUCACCGAGGUCUCAGCAGUAGGAACUCGGAGGCGCACAUGAAUAAACGCAAGGCGUCGCCGGAGAAGGAAGACCGGUUCUACACAACGAGGGGAUCGUUGGGUGCAGAUGAGAAUGGGAAGGUGUUGUUGGAUCACAACAUGAAGAACGACAAAGGGGUGGUUGUCUGGCCCAAAUUGUUCCUCUCCUUAUCCAACAAGGAGAAGGAAGAGGAUUUCAUGGCGAUGAAAGGGUGUAAGCUUCCUCAGAGGCCUAAGAAAAGGGCUAAAUUGAUCCAAAGGAGUGUGCUUCUGGUGAGUCCUGGUGUUUGGCUCUCUGACUUGUCCCAGGAGAGAUACGAGGUUCGAGAGAAGAAGGCUUCAAAGAAGAAGCCCAGAGGGUUGAAGGCAAUGGGAAGCAUGGAGAGUGAUUCAGAAUGAGAGAUGGAGAAGAUGAUUACCCAGAAAGGUGUGAUAGCUUCAAGAGAUAGAAACAACAGAGAGAGAGAGAGAGAGAGAGAGAGAGGGGGAGAGGGAGGGAGAUAGGUGUCCUUUUGGUUUGUUUGUUCUAUUGUAGAGGAUUCAUUGGAAAUUUAAGUUGAUUUUGAGUUUUUCUCUUUCCAUUGUAGUUUCGUGUUCUAAGGUCUUUGUUGCACUUCGUCAUUAUCGUUACUCAUAUGAUGUUUCACCAGAA